ACAAUUGUGCAUUAGCUAAUAAACUGCCACUAUAAAAGACUGUCUCACUGAAGAUAGCAGUCAGGAUUUACAGAUAAGAGCUGAAGACGAGUUCACUACAAGAUCCAAGAAACAUGAAGACCUCGACCCUCCUGUGUCUCUGCUUCUUAGGAUUCAGUUCCAGUCUGGCAGUGGAUGAUGUGUAUGAACAUCUGUGGGAAAAGAAUAAAGACAUCGCCAAUAAGACUAUCGGGUUGGACUUCCUGAGACAAAUGGAGAACGGCAGCCUGCAGGCAGAGCGAUAUGUCAACUUCACCAUCCAGGACAUCAGCUAUCUACUGAAAGUCACCAAGAUGUUGAAGAGAAUGAGUGCCAAAGUAGCUCAGCCCAAUGACAUCAGGGACUUCAUGAAAGGCAGAUACUCGAGCUACAAAAGUUUUGCAAACUUAAUUCUCAAACAAUAUUUUUUCAAGGGUGAGCCUCCCAUUGAGCAAACUCCAGCUAUGAAGAAGUAUCUGGCAUUCUACAGAAACCUGAUGGACAAUGAAGAGCCGCUGUACUUUGCCGUGGGUCUUCUGCCCUGCGCUAGACUCUGGGUUUGGCUGGCUAAAAAUCUCAACACUCCUCCAACCAAUGCCUACUACACUUGGAAGGUGGAUAAUAUGGGCGGCCAUCCUGAGAAACACUACAGAGCUCUGCUGAAUAAGUAUCUCAACACAACUCAGAAAGUGGAGAAGGCUAAUGCUAUAUUCCGUGCACAGAUGCAGAACGAGCACGAUUUCUUCUUCUCGUCUUGACUGGUUGUUACAGAGAAGUGUUGCAAAUAGUCUGCUGACUGAGCAACUCGACAUUCCCAAUUAUUUCAAGUAUUUUUAAAAUAUUGUUGGAUAUAUUUGUUUAAAUAUUUUAUGGUUAGUAUGCAAUAAAAAUAUUUAAUUAUUUAAAAAUAAUGUAAUAUUUUAUCUAAUGUUAAGUCUAAUGUUAAGUUUUUAAUCAUAAACAAUUGUAUGUCCACAGUGCAUUUAAACAGAAAUAUAAUUCUGGUCUAUUCAAUGUGUGUAACAUCAACAAUAAAAAUCUCUUCUAUUAUG